UUUUAUGUCUCUUUGAAAUUUCAGGAAAGCAUUAGGCAAUCCCUGGCAUUUAGAAGUUUGACUCCGGUCCCUGUUUGGUCAAGAGUUAUCGAAAUGCACUUCCAACUGUUUGGCUGCGUUCUCGUAGCGGUUCUUCUGCAAGCUGUAUAUGUUUCAGCAGCAGAGGAUGCUUGCAACGAAUAUGUAGAUGCCGUCAUUGGUGCACUGAAGGAAGAUGAUGAACAUUUCCGAGACCCUUACCCCAUGCCAGAUAUGUCCAUCGAAAUCUGGAGAAAGAUGCUUUUUGUCAACCAUUCAGGAAUCAUUGGUAUAACAGACGGUAAAAUCUACGGUCUUAAAACCCUCCACCGAAGUGGUGACGUCAUGGCUAACCGUAAGGGACAUUUCCGUCUCAGAAUCCCUCUCGGAGCUGGAGAAGUCAAAAUGAACACCUCUGCUAAGAUCCAGAUUUUGGGCUUAGGACCUGUGGUAAAAAUCACCGCCAAGCACACUUUCGUGGCCAUGACUCUUGACAUGGUACAGACGGAUCCAACCAACAACCCCAGUGUGGAAAAUUUCAGAAUUGACAGGACUGAAGGAUCCAAAGUAGAUGUCAAAGGCAUGGGACCCCUCAGUUUCCUCCUUGCCCAAGUCACCAAGAUCAUUCUCGCUCUGUUUGGUAAACAAAUUCGACAAGGAAUUGAAGGCAGAAUGGGAGAGUUCCUCGCUGAGAAACUUCAACAGUUCGUCAUCCCAGAGGAAUGCGUUAAUGGACUUUUCUAAACAAGCCAGGAUUUGUAUUUCACGAUUGACUUCUACCGAUUGUUGAUCGGAUGUUAAUGUAAGAAAAUUAUAAAAAUAAAAGGAUCAAACCUUU